AUGGCUAAUAUUAUAGUGUUUGGAGAUAAAUUGUCGAAUGCCUUAUUUUCGAAAUGUCUAUAUUACGGUGCCUUCAAUAAAAGGUUUUAUCCAAAGGUAGAUCAAAUGAAAUUGACUGCAGUAGAUAAGAGAAUAAGAAUCCUUGCAGCCAAUUAAGUUGGAUUGGAAUAGAGUUUGUUCAUAAUGUUGCCUUAGAGUUCCAAAAUGAUUCCUUCUGAAUACAAAGUGAUCAUCAACCCUAAGAUUCUCAAGAUCUCAAAUGAGGUCGUAGAAAGUAUUGAAGAAUCCAUUAGUUUUCCCUUUUUUAAAGCCAAAGUCAAUAGAUAUAAAACUAUUUUCGUUUCUUAUGAUGAUAAGAAAGGUAAAACCGUAUAGGAAGAAUUAAAGUAUGCCAAUAUUUAAUACCUUUUUUUAGAGGAUUGGAAUCUCUUUGGUAUCAGCAGGCAAUAGAUUAAGUGAUGGGAAUUCCAUGUAUAAGUUGGAUUGCAUCAGAAGGAAAGGUUGAAUUGAAACCAGAAUACUAAAAGUAAGCUGAAUCGAAUCCAGAAUUUCUUAAGGCUUUUAAGGAGUAUGUAGAUGUUGGAUAGUAGUAGAAAUAUUAGGAGAGAAAUUUGUACAGAGUGAAUCCCUAAGAUGAAAGAGAAGAUUACGCCUUACAAGGUCCAACUCAUAAACCCGAUAAUUAUGAGCUAUACGUACAUUUAUUGAGAAAUUUAGAGAAUGAAUUAUUUUAUACUUUUUGA